AUGGUUCGAUCAACCAAUACAACAUACAGAAGAACUCUAUCAGCACGUGAUAAUUCAACCAGCAGUGAAGAGCAAAACUCUACAGAUAUUCCGGAGGAAACUGAGCAAAAAGAAUUUAAAACUCUUGCUAAUGCCAGCUAUUUUUUACUCAUCAGCAUUGUGGUUGUCGUAGUUGUACUUUUAGUUGUGACAUUCCCCGAUCCUGAAGAAUGGAGACCCUUUGACAUCACUGGAGAGGAAGAAGUAAUAAGAGAGAAGUUUGACAGCUGGCGCAGAGGUGACCGUGAAACAGAAUUGUUACUGAAUUCUUCAAUUUGUAAUAUUGAUAAACGAUUUUCUAAUGAACUGACAAAUGAGGAGUUUGCGACUGUUUACAGAUAUAAGAAACCUGUUAUUAUUGUCUUCCAACAUGGUGCAAAUGAGUGGACCAGCCCGGAAGAUUGGACAUUAGAAAAUCUACUGUGGAAUUACCAGGACUGGGAAAUAGCUUCUGGAACUUCUUAUGAUAUUGUGAGACAUGGGGGUUCAGGAAAUGAAUUCACUACAUUUAAUGUGUUUUUGAAUACUUUGAUGGAUCAACAAAACCCACUAGAUGAACCAAUCUAUGUUUUUGAUCGAUUUUUCUAUAAAGAUACAUCCCUUCCUGCAACUAUCAAAGUACCAGAGUAUCUUGCAGUUACGGAUGAGACAGAUGAUAGUAUAUUUUUCCUGGGUGCCUCCAAAUCGGGUGUUAGCUUUCAUAAGCAUGCAGAUGCAUGGAAUGGUGUCGUCUAUGGCAGAAAACGUUGGUUUCUAUAUCCACCACAGAAAACUCCUCCUGGAGGGGUGUGGCCUGGGUUCAGUUCCUUAGACUGGUUUAAUGAAGUCUAUCCUCACUUAGAAGGGGAAGAAAAACCAAUAGAGUGUAUUCAAGAAGCUGGAGAGAUCCUUUCUCAGCCAGAAUCAUUCUAUCACAGUACUUUGAACAUUGGAGACACUGUAGCAAUAGGAAUACAAAAGAAACAAGCAGCGACAGAAAUUGAAACUUUGUUUUAUGAAGCCAAGGAGCUUGAAAAAGUUAAUUUGAGAAAUGACAUACCAAAAGAAGAAAAGCGGCAUCACUUGAUGAGAUACAGGCAAUAUUUUGAAAAACUACAUCAUUUACUACCAGAAAAUUCUGAGGUAUUAAACCUUCUUGGCUUUGCUAUAUUCACUGAAACUCAAGAUACAGUACGGGCAAUGAAGGUGACCAAAGAAGCAAUGGCGAGGGAUGCCUACUUUGUGGAGGCCAUUCUUAAUAUGGCAAAGUAUCAUUUCUUUAUUGGUGAACAUGAACAAGCACUACAAUUGUAUAAACAAGCAAGAGAAGUCAAUCCCAAGAAUUGGGGAAUUUAUGCUCAGUAUGGCGAUGCCCUUGCUCAAUUGAACCAUCCACAAAAGGCUGCUGAACUAUACCACAUUGGUACUCAACUAAAACCAGCCAUGAUCCCUUUCUGGGUGCGGUUAGCCGACCAACAAGAAAAAAUGGGUGAUCUGGAGGGUGCCGAGAAAAGCAGACGGGAAGUGAUGAGACUACAACAAGAUAUAUAAACAAAUGGAAAAAUGAACAUGUGGAUUUUUCUCACUUUUCAGUGCAUUGGUGAUUAUGAUAUGGACAAAAUAAUGAUCACCUUAAAUGGUAAAUCUAUUGCCCAUAUUAACCCCAGGCACUAACACCACACCAUGCAUAUGUAGGUGCCCAGUUGUACAUUCUAAGCGGAUAUAAAUUGCGGUUACUAUGAUAUCUAUGCAAGUACACUGGUCAUCAAUGACCUUCCAUCCAAAUUACAACUGAUUAGUGCAAUUUCUUUGUACCAUAUGUACAAUACAGAUUACUGUAGGAAGAUUCAAGUAUUUGAUGGCAAAACUUUUGAGCAUUGAUAAUGCAAAUCGUCUUAUUUCAG